UUAGCACUUCUCAUAGCUAUUCAGUUUCUCUAGUUUUCCAGGUAAUAAUUUAUCUACAGUCUAGGGUAACUGAAUUCUUUAUUUUUUAAUAGUUCAUAGUUCUCAUCGCUUUUUCUUUUUUGUUUCACUGCGAAUUUCCAGGACAAUGUUGGGGGGAAACCAAGCAGUGAGAAUAGCAGGUAUCUUUGUCUUGCUCCUCUUAUACCCCUCAGACCAUUUGGAAUGUGUUCUGACCUAAAAAUAUUUACUCAAGAGCUGAGUGAUCUCAAGUUCCUGGUGAAUCAAACAUCUGUAAUCGUUACAAAUCUGACACGCUGACGUUACUGUCCCCGUUUCACAGAUGGAGAGACUGAGGCUCCAGUUGGAGAAGGCGCGUUCCUGCAUUCGCCCGUGCGUCUGGUGGAGGUGAGCCGCCGCCUUCAGGCCUCGCGGGUGCGGCCCCUCCCCGGCCCCCCACGCACUGCCGGACUGCGGUGUCGCGCCCGCAGCGGCUCCAGCCCGGGGGCGGGCGCUCCCAGGCUCCAUCCUGCAUCCCAACCGGGCUCGGCGGGCCCAGGGGCGGCCGUGGACUCCGAGCACCCGGGCGUGGCCCACCCCCGACCGCGGCCCGCUCGCCUCCCGUCUGCCCCCUGCCGGCCGGCUGGCGGAGCUGCGCGCGGGCGGGGCGGUCCUGGAGCGCGGAGCCCGAGAGCGGGGCGCGGCCUCGCCGCCAGAGCCAGGGCCAUGGCGCGGGUGCUCAUCGUGGGCGCUGGGCUAACGGGAAGCUUGUGCGCAGCGCUGCUCAGGAAGGAGGCGCCCCGUCCAGUGCACCUCGCGGUGUGGGACGAGGCUGGGGACUCAGGGGGAAGAAUGAGUACAGCCAGGAGUCCCUACAAUCCGCAGAGCACGGUUGACUUGGGUGCCCAGUACAUCACCUGCACGCCUCACUAUGCCAAACAACACCAAAGUUUUUAUGAUGACCUAUUAGCUCUUGGCAUUUUGAAGCCCCUGACUGCUCCUAUUGAAGGGAUGGUGAUGAAAGAAGGAGACUGUAACUUUAUGGCACCUCAAGGAAUUUCUUCAAUUAUUAAGCAUUACUUGAAAGAAUCAGGUGCUGAUGUCUGCUUCAGACACUGUGUGACCCAGAUCAACCUGCGAAAUGGCAAGUGGGAAGUCUCCAAGGAAACAGGUCCGCCUGAGCAGUUUGAUAUUGUUGUCCUCACCAUGCCAGUUCCUCAGAUCCUGCAGCUGCAAGGUGACAUCGCAAACUUAAUUAGUGAAUGCCAAAGGCGGCAACUGGAGUCUGUGAGCUACUCUUCUCGCUACGCUCUGGGCCUCUUUUAUGAAGCUGGCACGAAGAUUGAUGUCCCCUGGGCUGGGCAGUACAUCACCAGUAAUCCCUGCAUACGCUUCAUCUCCAUUGAUAAUAAGAAACGCAAUAUAGAAUCGUCCGAAAUCGGGCCUUCCCUGGUGGUUCACACCACUGUCCCGUUUGGAGUCACACACUUGGACCACUGCACGGAGGACGCACAGGAGCUAAUCUUCCAGCAGCUGGAAGCCUUCUUGCCAGGCCUGCCUCGACCAGUGGCGACCAGAUGCCAGAAAUGGAGACAUUCACAGGUUACAGAGGCUGCUGCCAACGCUCAUGGCCAGUUGACUCUUCAUCCCAAACCGUUCCUUGUGUGUGGAGGGGACGCGUUCACCCAGUCCAACUUCGAUGGCUGCAUCACUUCUGCACGUGGUUCAGCGUAUCACCCACAUGCUUCAGUGACCCACCUGCUUCCCGUCACUGGCUGGCUGGACAGAAAUGGAUCCCCGCCUUCUAAACCAGCUCCCUGUCGCCAAAGGAAAAGGGAACUGCAUGCGAUUUCUGGUUGAUGAGAUGACUGAUAUUGAAAUUUCUUUCAUCAUUUUGGCCCAUAUUUGAUUAACGUUUCUCUUCCUUUGGGUUUUACCCUCGAAGCAUGGCAGAAAAGACAUUCAGAUAUGCUAACUGUCUUGUGUUUACCUAAUGCCAUUCUGGAGCCAUUGGGCUGAGCGCCUUCUUAAGCCUUAAGGACAACUGUUCUAUUCGUCUCCUGAACCCCCAACCUCCGAAGAAAAGAGCAGAGAUGGACUUGUGAAGGUGGGGUGAAUGACUUAGAAAAAAGAUUCGUCUAAGUCGUUACCGAUGACUUGUAAUAUCUACUCCUUCUAAUUCCCUAAUAAUUCCGCAUCUGUUUUGAGAAAUAAAUCUGUGGCAUGUACGGGAAAA